ACUUGGGGGUAGCCCACAGGUUCAGUGCCAGCGCGGGGCUUCAGCGGCAGCUGGGGGCUUCGCAGAGCGAAAACAGUAUCCGCGGGCACCGCCGCCUCACGGCGUGCUCCAAGCAGGCUUCAAACAGAAAGGAGUGGUAGAGGGGUGGGGAGGAGCACACAGGGGGAAUGGAGCGCAAGUUGUAAAAGCAAGGUCAUCGGUCGCUGCACGGAGCUGCGCCACAAAUUACAUCAUGCGAGAGCACGAGCGCCAAUGCGAGCGCGCCGGUGUCCGCCAAAAGGCGGGGCCUCUAUGGCCAGCGCGGGCAUGCGAGAGGUUGAGGGGAAAUAGCAGGGGGAAAGAGGGGAGAGGCAGGGACAGAGAGAGAAAGCGACCCGCGAGCUCCGCAUGGGCGACAGUUGCCAGUGCCGCGGAACGACAUUGGAAAACAAGCAGCCGCGACCAUGAUGACCUCAUGCACAGAUCCAUCAGCAGCCACGCCAAGCCGCGCCGCAAUCCGGCGGGAAAACCAAUUGUGGGGUAAACAAAAUCUGUAGUCGACCCCCUCGUCGAAGACUGCACCCUGCCUGAGAGUAAUGCGCUGGCGCCAAACAUCUGCUCGCACCUGCGGCGCGAGGCCCCGCGCUUGCCACAAGACAGCUGCCACUCGCGCAACCAGCGCGAUGGCGCACUGGUGGCUGGGUCGAGGUCUCCGCUGAUGGGCGCCGCACGGGGCGCGACCCCCGCCGCGGGACGGCGCCCGCAGGAGCAGAAGAGGGACGAUUGGACUGCGGGAAGGACUGGAAUGCUGGCGGCGCGCAAAAAUGGGGUGGGCUGAGGGAGGCGGCCUUCGAAAAAGCCGCGUGGUCUCCAGGAAGGGAUCCAGCGAUUGUGAGGUAAGGUCUCUGUUCGGAGGUCGCCCCGAUCGCGCUGCUCCCUUGUCUGCGCCGCCGAGGGGAGGAGGAGCAGAAGGGGCAGCGCUCAGGAGACACAGGACGACACAACCAACUCUCUCUUCCGAUCGCCAGUAUAUCUACAACGAUGGAAUGCAAAGAUUUGGAAAAUGCCUGGGCAGUGCCCGCAUCAGUGGCCAUGAAAGCCCUAUGCACUCAGCAACAUGCUGCGGUCGAGCCACAAACCGGAAUCCGGUAGUGAAACAACGCGUUCUCUGUACCCCUUUCCAUCCUUCUGCCCAGAACCACGCGCGCGCGCUCGCCCGGGCUGAGGUUAUGGUCGGAAGCACUCGCCGCAUCAUCAGCUUCAUCCGACG